UAAUCAACUACCGCUUGUGAUUGAUCUUCUACUUCGGUCUUUUUUCCUGUUAAGCUAGCAAGUUUAUAGUUGACCGAUGGUCGCUUCUUCUUCUUCUUCUUCCCGUUUGCUAAUACAACUAUUCAGCUAUGAACUUCGCUUUUGUCUUACGUUCAUCGGCCACGGGACUUCGUUGAACGGCGACUUUUGGAGAUCACCGUUAUAUUAUGUCCUGGGCAACAUCGUAAGACUAACAGGUGAACAGGUUUAGCUACCGUUAGCCAUGGCCCUGUCCUGGUUGACAUGACAACUCUCCCGACCUGCUGAUGACCCGCGUGUCAUCCCUGUGAUAUUCCUGCCCGGUGGACCAUCUUAAACAACACAGCAUGGAUGAGGAGUCUGUAGACCAAGUGUCCAGCCUGUCUCCUCUUCGCCACAACGCUGGAGCUGACUGUAACCAUGGUGACCAGAGCUCACUGUUGAGCCAGCGGGAGAUGGUGUUGGAAAACCACGAUUAUCUCCAUCACCGUGAAACACUGGCCUCAAAGGUUUCCGCGGAAGAGAGAGGAGUGUGGUGCGAGUCUGAUGUCCCUGUAGUACAACAGAACAACCUCGACAACACAACAUCAUCCACUAAGAAGUCUUUCCCCUGCUGUGUGUGUGGACGACUCUGCACUACAAAACAGUCCCGGGACCGACACAUGAAGACCCACACGGGAGAGAAGCCGUUCCACUGCACCGUGUGUGAGAAGAGCUUCUCUCAGCAGUCCUCCUUUAGGAUACACCAGAAGAGCCACACGGGGGAGAAGCCCUAUCGCUGCCUUGCACCUGACUGUGGGAAGAGCUUCUACCAAUCAGGAGCCUUGUUGAGACACGGAAGGGGUCACGCUGAGGGGUCGACUAGACUAAGAGCUGCUGAAGAUGUGCUGCCACACCAACAGGAGCUGCUUGUCCAACAGGACGAUACUAGUAACAAGAAUUCUAAACUUCAGGCUGUAGUGGAUGUGCUGCCAGAGCAAGAGGAUGUCCGUCUGGCUCAAGGAGACAGUCCUGCUCCUCCUCCCAGCUCCAUCCCCUCUACACCGGGACGACUACCUGUCCAACACCAGCAGAACCACAACAACACUUCCAACACCUGUCAGAAGUGCGGAGAGCAGUUCUCUACCUUCUACAAGCUGCGUGUCCACCUGACCACCCACAGGGGAGAGAAGCCCUUCUCCUGUCCAGACUGUGGUCAACGCUUCUCAGCCCGGGGCUACAUGGAGUCACACCAGAGGGUACACAUCAAGGAGAGAUCACACCCCUGCCUCGACUGUGGUAAAAGGUUCCUCUCCCUGGGAGACCUGAAGAGACACCAGCAGAGCUUCUCCGAGGAGAGACCGUACAGCUGCUCCGAGUGCAGGAAGAGUUUCACCCAGCCGGGGUUGCUAAGGGCACACCAGAGGACACACACCGGGGUAAAAGGUUACCGCUGCCCCUACUGUCACAAGGACUUCUUCACUGCCUCCAGUCUGAGGAGACACAGGAAGCAGGCGCAUGCGGAAGAGACCGUCACGCUGCCCCCUAGUGGUGGACUCCAGCUGUCACAUGCUGGAGAGAGCCUGGGUCAAGCUGAAGCUGGUAUACCAGGACUGAAGGUCAUAGUGAAGGAGGAGGAGGAUCCUGCUUUUGGAGACAGUUCUAACAACCACCACUCUGAGACUACUGAGGAGAGUCUCCCUGCAGCCAUAGAGCAUAAACAGCAUCACAGCUGUCACAGAAGAGUCCACUCCUGCCUUGUGUGUGGGAAGGAGUUUCCCAUUGCAUACAAGCUACAAGUCCAUAUGAGAAUCCACACUGGAGAGAAGCCUUACUCCUGCUCUGUGUGUGGGAAGAGCUUCGCCCAGAAGGGGAGCCUGACGCUCCACCAGAUCGUCCACACUGGAGAGAAACCUUACUCAUGCCCCGACUGUGGGAACACCUUCUCCCAGAUGAUCAGCCUGAAGAGACACCAACUGCUGCACACGGGAGAGAGACCGUACAGCUGCUCCGAGUGUGGGAGAAGCUACACCCAGCAGAGAAACCUGAGGGCCCACCAGCUGAAGCACACCGCAGAGAGACUUCACCGCUGCUCUGUGUGUGGGAAGAGCUUCUUCACACCCUCAGGACUCAGGGAUCACCAGAGGUCUCACACAGGAGAGAAACCAUUCCCCUGCUCUGUGUGUGGGAAGAGCUUCUCACGGCCUGGUCCCCUGAGAGAACACCAGCAGACUCACACAGGAGAUGGUGGACAGGUGGAGCGAGACCGCGACAAGGACCCUGGUGACCGAUCGAGACCCAAACCCAAAGAGUCCCUGGGUGAAACUCUGGGACUGAAAAUUAUAGUUGAAGAACUGGAGAAAGAAAAGGAGGCGAGAGAAGAUGAGGAAGUUGGUGGUUUGAUCAAUUCCGACGGAGAGGAAGUUGGUCACGUUUCUCUUUCUAGAAAAAGCCCUGUCCCAGUCUUUGUUAGCGGUGAGAUUCCCUCUACAUCAACAGAACCUGAACAACACCAAAAAAUCCAGGAGAAACGAUACAGAACCAAGAAGCAUCACCUCUGCUCGGUGUGUGGAAAGGAGUUCCCUAAACCAUCGAAGCUAGUUGCACAUCUCCGCACACACAGUGGAGAGAAACCCUUCCGCUGCUCCGUGUGCGGUAGAGGUUUCUCCACAGGGGGUAUCACCCUACAGAGACACCUUCUGACUCACACAGGGGAGAAACCUUACCACUGCUCUGUCUGUGGGAAGAGGUUCAUCCAGCGAGGGAAUCUGUUAAAACACCAGAAGGUACACACUGGAGAGAAACCUUACUCCUGCUCCGUGUGUGGACGGAGUUUCCCUCGAUUUGAGCGUCUGAAGGACCACCAGCGGACACAUACAGGAGAGAAACCUCAAUCUUGUGAUGUCUGUGGGAUGAGGUUCUCCUACGCAUCCUCCCUCAAGGUCCAUCGCAGGAUGCACACUGGGGAGAGACCUUACCAGUGCUCUGUCUGUGGGGAGAGCUUCAACUCAACAGCAAACCUGAGGAAACACAGACAGUCCCACACUGGAGAUAAAGGGUCUGCUAACAUGAAGAGGGGUCGGCUCCUGAGGUCGUCCCACACUGGAGAGGGGUCUGCUGCUGUUACUGGAGGAUUUCAGACUGCUGGAGGUGAUGCUCUGGGAACCGUGGUCAAAGAUAAAAGCUCUCUGGAUCCUGACCCAGGCCACGGUGAAGGCUGCAGUCAAACAUCUACCAUAUAUAUCGAUAGUAAAGAAGAGGAGGAGGAGGAAGUUGGUGGUUUGAUAAAUUCCGAAGGAGAAGAAGUUAAUUGGGAUUACCUCAGUCCUGGAUCUUCAGCAUUGCAGGGCCCGAAGUCAGUUUCUGAAAAGUUUGAGAACCAAGUUGAAGAUGAUGAUGAUGAUGUGGAAGAAGAGGAAAUUGGUGGUCUGAUCAAUUCAGACGGAGAAGAAAUUGGUUGGGAUCGUCAUCGUAUCAGACAGCGUGUCAGCCAUCCUUCUGACAGCGAGGAGAGUCCCUCCGCAUCAGGAGAACCUGAACAACACCAGGAGGAUCACAACAACACCAGGAGGAUCACAACAACACCAGGAGAACCUGAACGACACCAGGAGGAUCACAACAACACCAAGUCUCACCACUGCUUUAGAUGUGGGAAAGACUUCGCCAACAUCUCUAACCUGCGGCGACACCAGAAGAGACACUCAGGAGAGAGUUCCGAACACAGAUCUGACAGCGAAGCCAGGAAGUCCCACUGCUGCCCAGAAUGUGGAAGAGACUGUAAGAAGCUAUCAGCUCUACAAAAACACAUGAAGAUCCACACAGGAGAAAAGCCGUACCCUUGCUCCGUGUGUGGGAAACAGUUCCGUGAAAGAACAGCCCUCCGCGACCACCAGAAAGUGCACACGAGAGAAAAACCUUACCCUUGCCCCGACUGUGGGAAGAGGUUUGCUCACUCAGGAGCUAUGAAGAGACACCUGCUGACGCACACCGGAGAAAAACCUUACUCCUGCUCUGUGUGUGGGAGGAGCUACACCCAGAUAGGGCGACUGAGAGAACACGAGCGAACACACAGCGAUGAGAAACACGACUGUUCCGUCUGUUGGAGGAGCUUCGCCAAAGCUAAGGCCCUCGUCGCUCACUUCAGGACCCACACUGGAGAGAGACCCUACAGCUGUGAGGAGUGUGGGAAGAGCUACGUACGAACCCAGAACCUCCGAGCCCAUCAGAGGAAAAGUCACAGCAGCUCACUACCAAACCCUGGGACUGAGACCGGGGAAACCCUGGCUGCAGGGGUGAAGAGUGAAGAGGAUUCUAUUAGUAUCAGUGAUGAAGAGGAAAAGGAGUUGAUGCUAGCAGGGUGGAGGAGAACGAGGACUAGCCAACCACAUUAGGAUAGAUUCCUCUUUGUGCUGACCAUCUCUAGACACCGAAUGAAUAGAAUGGACCAGAGCAAGGACUAGCCAACCACAUAGGAUUUUCUGCAUCCAAAAUGGUACCCUAUUCCCUAAAUACUAGGUCCUGGUCAAAACUAGUGCACUAUAUAUAGGGAAUAGGGUGUCAUUUAAGAUGUAGAUAGAAUCUGUGGUGAUGAUCUGUAGACAAAGAACCAAUAGAAUGGACUGUAGUUCUAAUUUCCACCAGCAGAGGGCGAGCAAAGUCAGACGAAAAUGAUUAGUGUUGAGAAAUUGAGUUUUAUCUAAAAACAUACUUUUAGUCAUGUAGUGUAUGUGGACACCUGCUCAUCUAACAUCUCAUUCCAAAAUCAUUGGCAUUAAUAUGGAGUCGGUCCCGACUUUGCUGCUAUAACAGCCUCCACCUCUUCUGGGAAGG